GUGGCGGUAAUGCUACUAAAAGUUUGUUGCCAACCGCCAAUAAAACCAACAAGAAGAAGAAGAAGAAACAAAGACGUGACACCUGACGAAUGUUGUGAGAUGUUCUCCAACAAGUUUGGCGGUCUCAUGUUUGGGUUUAGGGGCCUUAAAGCGACCUCCGUCUGCGGUGCGAUCCAGAGAGCGGCGAGUCGGAGCGGUUUCAGCUGGGCUGUGGUGUGUAAGCAGCGGGAACUGUGGCAGCAGAGGAGCGUCGGUACAGGGAUGCAGCGGACCGGGUACUUAGCAGAACCAAGCGGAUGUAUUAGGUCAGCCUCACACACCACGGUGGACCCCGGUGAGGUGAAGAGGUUCCAGUUGCUGGCCAACAAGUGGUGGGAUGAAGAGGGAGACUUUGCUGCUCUUCAUGCCAUGAAUGACCUCAGGGUGCCUUUUGUGCGGGAUAAUUUGUUAAAUGUGCAGAGAGAGCGUCAUCCCGGAAAACCGCUGGCAGGACUGAAAAUCCUGGAUGUCGGCUGUGGGGGAGGCCUGCUCACAGAGCCACUGGGACGCCUGGGAGCCAGUGUAUUAGGUAUAGAUCCAGUCGAAGACAGCAUCCGCACUGCCCAGCUGCAUUCGUCACAUGACCCAGACCUCUGCAACCGGGUGUCCUACCGGGCCUGCACCCUGGAGGAGCUCUCAGGCGAAGGCGAGGCAGAGCAGGAGGAGCAGACAGAGACCCAGUUUGACGCCAUUGUGGCGUCUGAAGUUGUGGAGCAUCUGGCUGACUUGGAAACAUUUGCCAUCAGCUGCAGUCACGUUCUGAAGCCAGGAGGGUCGCUCUUCAUUACCACUAUAAAUAAAACCAACCUGUCGUACGCGCUGGCUAUCGUCGUAGCUGAACAGCUGCUACACAUCGUUCCCAGGGGGACACACGACUGGGAGAAGUUUGUCAGCCCUGUGGAGCUGGAGCGCUUCCUGGAGUCCAAUGGUUUCCUGGUGCAGUCUGUUCAAGGAAUGCUGUACAACCCAAUUUCUGGUGCCUGGAGCUGGGCAAACAGCACUGCCAUCAACUAUGCACUCCAUGCUGUCAAACAGGAUGAUGAAACUAUGGACAGCAGCACUCCCCCAGGGGAUCACCAUGAGGCCACCCACAGCUGAAAAAAGGAAAGACAAAAAAUGAUGACGGGGAUGAAGAUGUGUUGCUGGACUCUUAAUGUCCCUCUGGUCAACUGUGAAAUGCCAAUUAGAGAAUGAGUUUACUAAAGGAAUAAAGAUAAACUUGGUAUAGAAUGACAUGUGUACACUAGUUAUCUGACUCUUCAACUUCAAAGAUCAAGCAUAUCGUUUUGGUGUGCAUUAAUUUCACCAUAUGCUGUUCUGCAUCAUUCUGCUAACAAUGAAUGUGAAUGUUUAUUGAAGUGUGUCAUUCUCUAUUUAAACUGACUUGUCAGUUGUAUCUCUUUUAAUAAGAAUUUAUAUUUUGACUGUUGGCUUAUAAAAAAACUGGCUUCACAAUUUCUAUAUUUAGUUUCUAAGGCCACUCAGAGGGAUUAUAAUGGGUCUUCUGUGGAGGUAUUAUGUAAUAUAGAAUCUCCCCGCAGAGAAUAAGUGAUGCUUGCACAAUGUUCUAAGGAGUCCACGGACAUGACUGUAAUUACCUGUUAAAGAAUAUGUUCUACAUCGCAUAAACUAUGAAUUAAUCUACAA